AUGGGUGCUGGCUUCGAUUCGUCCGUUGGUCGACCUGGAACACCUGGACCUAAAGGGGAACCGGGAGUGGACGGGGCUCCAGGACUGAAGGGCGACAGGGGGUUCCCGGGGGAUAAGGGAGAAAGAGGAGAGGGAGGACAAAAGGGACAAAAAGGAGAGCGAGGGCAUCAGGGACCUACGGGGGUACAGGGCUUCAAGGGAGAACCAGGUACUCCGGGUACAGAGGGGAGGCAAGGGAUGCCUGGUGAAAACGGUCGUCCUGCCAGCAAAGGAGAAAAAGGUGAUUCAGGGACCCCAGGACCCCCAGGUCCCCCCGGUCCACCAGGAGUUGUUCCCGCAGGAUUUGAUCUGGAACUGACAGGAUCUGGCCUGGGAUCUGCUGCAGAAUUCGGUAUGAAAGGGGAGCCAGGACCAAAAGGAGAGAAGGGUGAAUCUGGUGAUAAGGGAGACAGAGGUGAGCUGGGCCCAAGCGGUCCAUCUGGAAUACCUGGAUCUGUUGGAUCUCCGGGUCCAGCAGGUGAGAAAGGUGAACCAGGCUCUCAAGGACUCACGGGUCCUCUUGGACCGGUGGGAUCCAAGGGAGAGAAAGGGGAGCGAGGACCUCCAGGUACAGCGAUGUCAGGAGAGGAGGGAGAGUUGAUCACAGUCAAGGGAGAAAAAGGGGAAAGAGGCAAAAGAGGAAGAAGAGGGAAACCAGGACCUCCGGGGCCGAUGGGUCCUUCGGGAAAACCAGGUCCUAUUGGGGAGAUGGGUAUUCCUGGAUUUACGGGGCUCCCUGGUAGACCAGGAUUGCCAGGAGAAAGAAUGAUAGGCCCAAAAGGAGAUAAAGGUGAACCUGGACAAGUUUUAGACGUGAUAAAAGGUGAGAAAGGAGACCCUGGCAUGGAUGGUAAGGCAGGACCCCCAGGCCCUCCUGGAAUGCCGGCCCCUGGGGCAAACACGCAAUACCUUCCUCUACCAGGCCCGCCCGGGCCCCCAGGCCCCCCUGGACCUCCUGGAAUGCCGGGGAUUGGCACGAAGGGAGAGCCUGGACCCCCGGGUCCUCCUGCAGGCAGACAUGUGUACGGGGAAGCGGUCCAUCAUCCCAGACAAGGUUCCUACAAAACGACAGAGGCAGGAAAGGACGAAACUGUAAGGAUAGUGCCUGGAGCAGUCACCUUCAAAACAUUACAGGACAUGGCCACGACCUCACUAAUGUCACCAGUGGGAACGCUAGCAUAUGUUAUAGAUGAAGAAACUCUCCUUGUGAGGGUCAAUAACGGCUGGCAGUAUCUUCUGCUUGGACAGCUGGUGCCCAUCAGUCAGGAGCCUGACGUUGCGCCUCCACCCUCCGUCCCCGUGGAACAUCCCAGACCUCCCCCUGAGGCGUCCAACCUCGUAUACCACAACCUGCCUAUGGACAGCCCUGACAUCAGUGUGCCCGAGCCUAGAGUGCUGCGUCUAGCUGCCCUCAACGAGCCCUGGUCCGGUGCCUUGGGCGGACAGCGAGGCGCAGACUACGCCUGUUACAGACAGGCGCGGAGGGCGGGGUUGGGCGGAACUUUCAGGGCGUUCCUGACGUCCAGGGUGCAGGACCUGGAGUCUAUAGUACGUGCCUCCGACAGGGGCCUGCCAGUCGUCAACAUCAAGGGAGAUGUUCUUUUCAACUCGUGGAAGGAGAUUUUCUCAGGAGAUGGCGGGUACUUCUCCCAGCCUCCUAGAAUAUACGCCUUCAAUGGCAAAAAUAUUAUUACGGAUAUAAACUGGCCCCAGAAGUACUUCUGGCACGGGUCGCGCCCCUCCGGCGAGAGAGUACCGGAGUCGUCCUGUGGUGUUUCGGAGACCGACGACCAAGGCAAGUCUGGACUAGCGACAUCGCUGCUAUCAGAGAGACUGCUAGGCCAGGAGUCGCUAUCGUGUAGUCACAGGUUCGCCGUGCUGUGUAUAGAGGUCGCAAGCAGCUCCAAGCGACGACGUCGGUCUAGUGCGGACGAAUAAGUAGACUCUGCCUAGUGCGGAACCUUUUGUACCGAUGCGUUUUGUACUUUUUUAUUUGUUAGGUAGGCGGAAUUUAAUUUAGAGCCAGUAUUAGUUUCGUAAUUAGAUUGUUUUUAAAUAAAAUUUUAGAAUAAGUUUUAUAUAAAUUUAAAUAAUUUAUUCGCAGUAAUCUGACAAAGUUAACUCCAUAUGAAAAUAAUUUUGUCAUAGCAAGAAUACAUUGAAUUUAGUUUUAAACUAUAUUUUACCCAAUAUUACAAAACAUGGGCUUUGUUAAUAUUUUACAAUUGCAAUCGAAAGUGAACAAUUUUAUUUAUUAUCUAGCUACAUUUUAUCCGAUUAUUUCAUCAUUAUUUAAAAAGUUUAUACAACGGUUCUCGACCUAAAACCAUUUCUAAACAAAGCCUAAUUAGUUGUGUAGGUUAACCUUAAUUUAUCCCCUGUUAAGUUUCAUUUAUAAAUACAUUGUAUUAAACGUAAAAGACCACUAAUAACACCAAA